UGUACAGGACAGUACACCCUCUUGCUUGUUCCAUAAACCUCAUCACAUUUUGCUGCCGCAGCUGUUGUGGCGCACACAGUGAGCGGAGAGGUGCGCUCCUUCUGGGGGUGACUAUGUCGAGUCUGGCGAAGGAUUUCUCAAACUGAUCAGCGAUCACCGAGCUCGUUUCUCCUCGGCAAAAAAACCCGGAAUGUUAUCACUCUCUCUCUCAGCAAGGUCGGUUUCCACAGAGCAGUGAAGACACCGCUCUUUUACCAUGAGCUGUUUGGAUGUUAUGUACCCAGCCUAUGGACAUUACGCACCGUACGCACCGACAGUUCCUGCUUUUAUCAGUAGCUUACAGGCUCCCACAGGUCUGAGCAGCACUUCUCUCUGCCGGGAUUUUAUGGACACUCCCAGGGGUCCCGAGGUGAUGUCUGGGGGCCCAGGCACUGGAGGAUCAACUUCCUCUUCAUCUUCAUCCAGCUCUUCCUCUUCCUCCUUCACGCCUGCAGCUUUAAGGCCAGAGGAGGGCCCCAAGGAGAAGCAGGAGGCCCCUGAGGCAGAGUACCUGACUUCUCGCUGUGUCCUCUUCAGCUACUACCAGGGGGAUAUCAGCAGCGUGGUGGACGAGCACUUCUCCAGGGCCCUCAGCUCCUACAUGGAUGGAGAGGGCAAACGGCGGGCAGCAGACCAUCCGGGCACAGAUACCCCGUCGCCUAGCAGUCGACGAAGCUUCCCCCCAUCCUUUUGGGACAGUAACUACUCCUCGCCUCAGAGCCGCUCCCACUGUGAGACGGGUGCACCUUCCUAUUCCAUGGACCCAUACGCAUCAGCGUUGCACGCGGGCCUACCCCACCCACACGCUCAUCCUCACCCACACGCUCAUCCUCACUCCCACCCUCACCCUCACGCACCAGAGAGCUGGGGAUAUCCCCAGGCCCAAGCCUACGGCCACCCACGGCCUCUCCACGAACUGUAUUCACAGUCAGGGUUGGAGCCCCACUACGGGGCCCUGCUCAUGCCCACUGUGAGGCCACCUCAUCCCCUUAGCUUGCCAAGCCACUAUGAAGUGAGCAAGCUGGACCAUACUGCCUCCUGGCCCGGCCUGCUUCCACCAGGAGACAUCAGCCAGACGCUGGCCCUCAACAUGGAUGCAGGUAUAACUACUCAACCAUGUCAAGCUUUUGCAAAGGUGUUCCUUUAUUUACAGUUUAUAAAUUGUCUCUAAUCAGAUCAGACAUGAAAAUCAGAAAAAGCAAAGAAAUCUGUGCAGACAAAUGCAACUGGCAAGUUCAGAUUAUUUAUGGCUACAGAAAUAUGAGAAACAAUAAUAAUAAGAUUUGUAUUAUUCAAUAUUUAUGUAUCGAUUUAGCUUUUCCCUGCAGUCCUGCAGUCUAUGAUCCUAACAACCAUUCACACAGAAACACACACACACACACACACACACACACACACACACACACACACACACACACAAUACAUCCUAAUCAUCACAGAAGCUCUCUUUUCCCCUCUCUAAAACAGGAUGUUUGGCAAAUGUAGGCUCCGUGACAACCUGUGUUCUGUUGUUCGCCGUUGUCCUCCUCAUUGUUCCCUUGUCCUUUUUUCUCAGGCCUCCAGCAGCACAAGAAAGGCAAGGAGCUGUACUGGUUCUAACGAGCCCUUCAGUCACAUUGACCAGCCAUUACCAGAUCCAAUUAGUCCCUGGACCUGCUCCGCUAUUGAAGCAGCGUGUCCCUUUAUCCCCCACACACACUCCAGCCCCCAUCUAUCCACCCCCUUCUCUCUGCUCCUGGUCUCCCCUGCCAGUAUACAGCCUUGCUCCAGGUCGACGUGUGUGCACCAUGGAGAUAAAGCAGAGAGAGGGAGAGAGAGGGAGAGAGAGAGACAGAGUCUCACUGUCUAUAAUCUGUUCUGUUGCUCUCUCCCUUCCACUCUCUCCUGACACUGCCGGUGCAGCACAGGCCUUGGCGAGGUGUGAGCCACAGUGACCUGUUUGGACUGAGAAAGACAGGAUCACAACAGACUUUUGCAGUAGACAGAGAGAUAGAGGGAUGAAUGGAGGGACAGGGGGAUGAAUAGCGGCAAGCUAGGGAUUCCCUCCAACAUCCCUGGUUAUCUCGGUCUCAUGCUCUUUGUUGGUACAGUGGUAGUCAUCAUCCACUUAUCUGCAUUUCACAAAUGCAACAUUGCAGUGAUAAACGGGAGCUGCAAUUAUGGCGGUUUAUGCUUUGUGACUGUCAAAAUGACGCCUUUCUUAUUUGGUUAUUAUGAUUGUGCUCGCUGAAAUAAAGUGUUUCUAUUUAUUGGCGUUUAUGUGAAUUUCUAAACUGUUUGGUUAGGCCAGUGUUCUGAAAUGAUUGUGUUAAUGUGUUUUCUAAAGAGAGAGGCGAUGGAGAUGACCAUACCAUUUGUUUUUGGUGGAAUUUCUCAUUUAUCCACGAAGGAAUCUUUUGUGGAGAAUAAAGGUCAUUAAAAAAAAAAAAACAUAUCAAAAAUGUGUUCAUUUCAACAAGUAUUUGACUUGUUUUGUGUGUGUGUCAUUUCUCAUUUGUCCAAGAAGAUUGUGAUGUCAAUA